AAUGCCAACUAGGGAUCUCAAUAUGUGUUUAAAGAUUGAGUAUUAAACUAUAUUUAACUUGACACAUUGACCUAAACACUUUAUUUUUAUGACGCAACACACCCGAGACGCGACACAAGCAUGUCUGGCGCAGGUCUUAUGGUAGGGUGACCACCUUUCCCGCAUUUUGCGGGACAGCCCUGAAAUUGGAAGCGUUGUCCCGCGUCCCGUCUGGGGAAGGCAUUGGAUGCAGCUUCAAAAGAGUGUGACCAACUACAGCUGUGGAGGCCUGCUAUAGUGAAUCACCUCUAUUGGACUGCAGCCUCAACCCCAGACGGCAACACAGCAGUCAUGGAGGCUAAAUGGAAAAGUUUAGUCAACCACAUCCAGGACAUCCAUGACCAUGACACCCCUGCUUUCUCCAGUUGUGCCCAUGGCCCUCUAGAUGGGGAUCAGCGCAACAAAGAGUGGCUGGACCCAGGCUCAUUGGCAGCAGUAAAGUUGGAGAACAUAAUCACGAGGACUGCCUUACUGAAAGAUGUUCGACAGCUGUCUCCACAGCAUCAGACAUUCUCCCUUGAGGCUUACCACUCCCUCAUCUUGCACUUCGCACCCAAGCACACAGGGUUUUCAUACGUUGGGAUGUAUAGCAGGCUUCUCUUAGCGGCGCUGCAUUACAAUCACAAUGCCAACCGCGAGACAGCACGGAAAAGUGAUGGGACGGAGAAGUACUGCAUGCGGUAUCCGCACUUCAGAAAAGGUGCCCAUGUGGUGCGUCCCAUCAAAGAGGCAGCCUCAUACGGUUAUGCAACAUCAUUGAUGAAGGCCCUUCAGGAAAGCUACACCCAUUCACCUGCAGCUCUUCGAGAGACAAGUCCAAUGAUUUAGUUGUAAGUAUUUAUUUUAGUUGUUAUUUAUCUUCUUUCCUUCUGUCCCUGUCAUCUCAUUUGGUGGUGGUUUCCUGUAUUCUGCAUGUUUUGUGUGUUGUUGCUUUGGUUUUACUUUGCACUAAAUCAUUACUUUUUUCGUCUUUGUAAGUGGCAUUAAUUGUCGCUGUACCCCAUUCAAGGGGUCCUGCAUGCUGCAUGUCUGCUCCUCUGUCUGUUAUUUGCAUGAAAUUUGUUUUAUGUAAUUCAAAAUAAUUUACCAAUCAUUUUACCUGUGCCUUGUCAACCUCUGUUUGCGGUGUUGUCUGGGUUCACUGUGUGUCAGCUUGAUAUGCUUUUGCAUGUAUCACUGCAUAUGCAUUCAUGAAAGAGUGUGAGUGUGAGUGACUGUGUGUGAGUAAGUGAGUGUGAGUGAGUGCGAGAACCAUCAGUUGACCCUCAGGUAAGACCACACUUUUGCAGGCAAAAGAAACAAUGUGCAAAGGUUUCAGGUCUAGCCCUUCAUCAGUGGGCUUUUUUAUAUAGAUUUGUUUACUUGCAACCUGUGUCUUUGUUCAGUAAUCCUUGUCCUUGUU